UCUCUCUCUCUCUCUCUCUCUCUCUCUCUCUCUCUCUCGUUUAUCUUUGUUUUUCUGUUUGUCGCCACGUUUUUGCUCGUUUCUCGCUCUUGCCGCCGGGGUAGUCGUCUGUGGCUGUUGUUUGAUUUUUCUAUAUUUCUAAUUACUCCUGGAUUCGAACUCAGGUCUCUCUGUUUUUCAGCAGUUGACGAGUCGACCAUCUGAAUUUCUCUCUCUCUCUCUCUCUCUCUCUCUCUCUCUCUCUCUCUUGUUUAUCUUUGUCUACCCGUAGACCAGCGGGUAAGUUUUUCUGUAGUCGUGUAGGUCUGUCUGUAUGUCUAACUACCCAUAGACGAGCGGGUUAAGUCUAUAUGGCUGUUUGAUCGAACUGUGUUUGACACAUCUUGGUCGUGAGUUUACCAGCCUUUUUUCUCUCUCCUCCCACCGGCACGAUGACCAGGGUUGGAAUGGGUUUGUAAUCGCGCAGAAAUGUGCGUAGAUAUCUCUGUGCGUGCGCAUGUGUGUGUGCGUGCGUGAUUUGUGGAGGAAGGGGGGAGGGCGGGGAAAUGAUUAUCGGAAUGACCACUUCAAAGAGGUCCAUGUUUAACGGUCCCUCAACUUCUGCCUGCUGAAUCGAAGAGGCGUACAGUGGAUUGGUAGUCCGGAGAAUUCGGCGGUGGUGGGGGCACUUGGAGACGACGGAUGGCGCCGGCGGGAAGUGGGGAAUGGCGAGGCGGUCGUGAGUUUAUAUCUCGCACCCAUUUUAAAGGUCGAAUGUGACCAGGUUCAGUGAACGGACGGCACCAGAUUGCCGGUCGAGUGUGACCAGGGUCUUGCCUGACCAGGUUCAGUGAAUAGGUUGGGCAUCAGAUCACGGGUGACCAGGUUCAGUGAAUGGAUGGUGCCAGAUCGCCGGGCGAGUGUGACCCGGGUCGAGCGUGACUUGGUUCGGUGAAUAGGUUGGGCAUCAGAUCACCGGGUGAGUAUGAUCAGGUUUUACAGAGAAUCGUCAGAUUCAGUGGAUGAUUUUGAAGGGAUUUUUCCCUCGAGUUGGGUGUGAGCGGGCCCGGUGUCUGGGCCCGAGCAGGUUCGUUCAUUUGGGUGAUUGCAGGUUUAAUGACUGGGUGGUGUGAGCUGGUUUGGUGAGUCGGUGUGUUCUGGGCGGGUUCGGUGAGUGAUUUGUUCAGAGCAGAAGAGUUGAACGCUCCACAUGAUUUCAGAUCUCUUCUGCUGUUUGUUUGUUUGUUUGUUUUUUUCCGACCCCUCAGAUAAUGUGAACGAGUUGUUGCGAUCCUUGGUCGGGAUCGCUUGGCUUCUUAUCCUUAUAUAUAUAAAUAUUUGUCAGACAGGUCCUUGUCCAAUUGUUAUUGUAAGACGAAGUCCUUACUUAGGGACACAGCAUGAAUGGCGCGACAAGUGUGUCCAUCCAUCGCUGAUCAAACUUGGAUGAUGGAAUGGAUGACACGUGUCAUUCGCUCGUAAAGCAGGGAAGGUUACGUUGUUUUCUUUUUAUUCUCCUGUCAAAUGAAGACAAUGCAAUCCGAAAGCACCUGGCGGCAGAGAGCUGCAGCCGUCGAUCUUUGUAUAAGAGCAUGGUGGGAAGGCCAUUUGAUGAUGAGGUAGGGGAAAGAUUGACGCGAAAGGGGAGGAAGGAGAGAUUUUGGCAUAUGUCGUAUUAUAUAUCGUUAAUAGAAAUUGAGGGUGUGGACACUCCUGAACGUAUUACUCAUUUCUGGACGUAAUUGCAGUCAGAUACGUCUCGGUCUGGCCUUAAAUGCAGUCAGAUACGUUCGCUAUAUCGGUAGUGUGAGUGUGCUUUGAGAGGGAAAAAGUAAGAGCGACCCGACAUGAGGAGAGCAGUACAACGGAAUGGUGCAUUAUAUCCGAUGGAAGCAGAGAGAGGGACUGGUUGAGAAGGACAGAGGGGAACCUGAGGGGCGGGGGAGGCGAUGGAGCAAGAUAAAAAAUACAUGGAAUUUUUCGAUAGUAGUUGUAGAGAGAAAACGGCCGUGGCUUUAAACCCAAUCGACCGAAGGUGAGGAGUGGAGGCCUGUGCUGUGAUAUUUGAGGUAGGCACUUCUUCUACUAGGCUCUGGACGUGAUUGCGGUUAGGUUCAUCCAGGUCGGCCCGCAAUUGCGGUUAGAUACAUUUUUGAAAGUUCGAUUCUGACUAUGGCCUGAGAUGAGAGAUGUGAUUCGGAGGUCUACACACACUAAAGAACUUGAUGUGAUUGAAAUGGUGAGAAUUAUGAGAUUAUACUUCGAUCAGGUAAUUGUUUCUCCGCCGAAAUUGUUUCACAUG